AUGAAAGAUCCGGUGUCGUCUAUAGAUCGUUGGAACGUCGCUGAAGAAGACACGCAUUGGCCGGUAUUCGUCUGCGUUCUCAUGGCGACGACGGUGCUUUCCUGUCGGCAGAGCGAGUUCCAGUGCGGCAACGGUCGCUGCGUCGCCCUGAACAAGGUGUGCAAUGUCAUCGACGACUGCGGCGACGGGACCGACGAACCACGUCAGUGUUCACCCUGCAACAAAACCUACUACGGCGACGUCGGUAAAACCUACGACCUGGAGCUUCAUCGACCGAAGGAGGAUAAGGUGCCUUACUUUUGCAAGCUCACCUUCAGCGCGCCGGGCGGCGAGUUGGGCGACAUCAUUCAGUUGACGUUCGACAGCUUCACCCUGGGGAAAUUCGUGUCGUUCACCGCGGAGGGCUGUCCGGACGGUUCCCUGCAGAUUUCGGAGGCCCAACGGCCGGACGUCGGCGGUCUAUGGUGCGGAACGUCGUGGGGCCCAGCGAUCUACUACAGCGAGACACCGUCCGUCACCAUAUCGCUGAAGCUGCUCAGGCUUAGCAAGGAUCAGACGGGAUUCAAUUUCGACUUCCGAAUGGCGUACAAGACGAUCAGGAAGUCGGACGCCGUGGUGCGCUACGGGAAUCCGUUCGCCGGAAUAACGCAAACGACAGGAACGCCAGCGUCGACCGAAGCGACGUCGUCGUUGUCCUCUUCAUCCUCGUCGAGCGAAUACGCGAACAGCUCGAUGGCGAUGCAAAUGGUGGAGCAGCUACCAGGCACCAGCACGAAACCGAGCUCGGAGCAAUACCUCGGAGACCUGAUAUCCGGGACCUAUUGCUCCCGCAUAUUCAGCGACUGCGACCGGAAGAAGUGCAGACUCCAGUCGCCGAACUUUCCUGGAUUAUACCCUCGGAAUCUCACCUGCUACUACGCGGUGAGACAGCACGACGUACCACCGGGAAAACACGCUUUAAUUUCGGUGAAACAACCCCGUGGCCAAUUGGUGGCCAUAAGGGCCAGACCGGCCACGCAGGCGGAGUCCUCGCCCCGUAAACUUCAACUCUGGAAGGACUGUGACCUGGUGCAGGACUACGUGACCGUGUACGACGGUUACACGAAGUUCACCACGUCUCCUUACGGCACGUUUCUCCACCCGACGCCCCCGCACUCGCUCCACGGCUUUCAAUUAGAAGUGCAAGUAAGGUUCGUGGACGCGGACUCUCCAACCUACGCGAAGAACAAGCACUGCGAGUUCUGGCUUCAGGGAAGCGGCGGCGGUGUGCUAGCCUCGCCACGGCACACUUUGCCCAGAAACAGCACCUGUUUGUACCAUCUUCGAGGCGCUGGACCGACGCUUCCUAGUCCAACGCCACCGCGUCCUCUGCCCAAGUUCCCCGAACAGAGGCCUGGGACCGUUUGGAGGAGACCGGCUCCAAGGCCCGCGCAACCGCAGUUCCGUGUAUGGCUGUCGAUUCUGAAGUUCCACGUGGGCACCAGUUUGUCUAGCACCGACGGGGACUGCUCGACAACGCUGAUGGUCUGGGACGGCGAGAUGAUGCCAUUGGCGGAGUGUAACGACCUCGCCUGCGAGAAGGAGCAGCAGAGGCACGGGGACAAAGUGAUCGAGCCCUCGAGAACAUUGGUGGGUCGUCCGUCGGGUAACACGACACUGUUGGCCCGUUACUGCAAGGACAAAGUGCCGAGGACCUGCGACCACGCAAUCCUCCAGAACACCAGUCGACCGUGCUCGUUGGGCGAGAGUUUCGUCUCGAGCGGGAAUAGUUUGACCAUCGAGAUGCGAAUGGUCGAGUCGACCGCUCUCAGGCCAGUCAAUUUUCGCGCCCUCUACGAGUUCGUCGAUCUUCAUCAGGACGGCGAUCCUUACGGUAACGGGCCGUGCUCGAGGAUCUUCUACAGCCGGAAUCGGGACCAUUAUCCUGAUCGUAGAUUCCAGGCUCCGCGCGAUAUUUUCCUUUACGGCCGCGGCGGGGCGAAAAAUAUUAGCUGCGUGUACCGAUUCGAGGGCGAGCACGACGAGAUCGUUAAGCUGAGGUUCAACAAGGUACUGAACGGGAAUCGUACCUGCCGCAGCGUCUCCAGUUCUGACUUCAGUCGAUUGCUCUGUGUGGGCUCGAAGAACUUCUCUGUUAAGGUGAUGGAUCAGCCGUGGCUGAACGCGCCCCCCGUGCAGAGGGAUUGCUUCUGUUCGAACCGAUCGCUACCGAUGAACGUCAAGUCGACGUCGAACAUCGUCGAAGUCCACUUCACCGUGAUGUCCAUGGACGCGCUCGACGACUACAAUAAUCUGUUCUUCGAGGCCACCUGGGACUUCAUAAAGACCAAUCCUUGCAUGCAAAAGCGACGAGUCAGAGGACCGUCCGGCGAGAUCAAGUACAUGUCGCCCAUCGUCGACGAGGAUGAGCAAAACUGCGAGAAACAUCCGUGGCUGAUCGAACCGGGCCCCAAUCAGUACCUGUACGUGAAGUUGCACGGCACGAUAAUGUCGAACACGAGCAAAUGCACGACCAAAAAUCGUAUCGUGGUGCACACCGGUGGCGCGAUCCACGUGUCGGUGUGUCCCAGACCGCCGUCGGAGUUGCGGCAUCGCGUGGUCGAGGUGUUCAGCGACGGCUGGGCCGUCAGCAGUAACGCGUUGAUCCUGUCGCCGGGUCUGGACCCAGUCAGAACCAUCGCGGUGGAAUUUAUCGUCAAGGAACCGGAUUCGUACACGGUCACGUGGCUCGAGCUCACCAGGAGGCCAUCGGUGACGUCCAUGGCGGGUCUGCAAAUGCCACGGGACUGUGAGCAACGUUGCCCCGAGCUGGACGCGUGCAUAAACGCGUCCCUCUGGUGCGACGGUAUUUCCCAUUGUCCGUCUGGUUACGACGAGGCGUUGACGCACUGCUCGAUGCUCCUUCAGCUACCGCCGCUCCAUCUGGGUCUUGGUCUCCUAGCGAUCGUCACGAUCCUCGGUGUGAUCUGUUUCGUGCUCUGGCGUAUCUGCCGGCAACGAACGAACCGUUCGAUAUCCCAGCAUCGGCUGAAGAGCAUCUCCUCGGAGACCGCGAUCAUCGACGGGAAGGAGGUGAUCUGCUGACACAGCGACAGUUCUGUGCGAUACGUCGAGGUCGAUCGGGUGACCACCGUGUGACGAUCACCAUCG